AGAGAAGAGAGCUCUCUGCACAUUGCACAUCGCACCCUCACCGCCAAAACAGCCGAGUGUGCGUCCAGAGACCUGUGGAACUGCAGCCGUGAAGCAGACAGCGUUCCGGGGGUCAGAGAGGAAAGAGAUAACUAACUGCAAGCAAAGUGCCCCUUCCGCUCCUCCUUCCCAGACAUGUACAGAUUACAGCACUGGACUGUGGCAGCAGUGAUGGCCCUUCUGGUUGUCACAGCAGCUGCCCCUGAUGGGAGCAAAGUAGAAAAACAAGGGAAGAAGGAGCGCAAGGCGGACUGUGGCGAGUGGCAGUGGAGCGUAUGUGUGGCCAACGUGGGCGACUGUGGCCUGGGCACUCGGGAGGGCACACGCAGCGGCACCAACUGCAAGCAGAUCAUCAAGACCCAGCGGUGCAAAAUCCCCUGCAACUGGAAGAAGCAGUUUGGAGGUGAAUGCAAGUACGAUUUUGAGGAGUGGGGUGAGUGCGACCUAUCGACGGGGAUGAAGAACCGUACAGGGAUCCUGAAGAGGGCCCUGAUGGAUGCCACAUGCCCCAACACCGUCAGCGCCACCAAGCCCUGCGGCAAAGUCGUCAAGACUAAGCUUCAUGACUCCAAGAAGCCGAAGCGGGAGGGGAAGAAGAAGGACCGUACACUGAUGGACUAGCAGUGUGGUUUCAAAAGUCCAGCACACCCGUCCGGGCUCCGGCGUCUGCUCGGCCCACCAACAGGUCACCGGCUCGGCGGUACCACAAGAGGAGAGGGGUGCAUUUCAGUGAAACUGUAUGAUGUGAUUUAUUCGUUCUCCUACUAUCUGAUAGCGAGACAACAGUAGCUUCUUUUAAUUGCUUUCUUACUGAACCAUAUAAAGGGAUCGGGCCAGUACUAAACCACUCUUAAUAAUCUUCCGGUAACAUAAAUAUUGUAAAUUAUGUAUGUACGCUCUGCCUAGGUGGUGGUUUGUGAACAGCUUCCGUAGUUAGUCAGACGUAGAAUUGUCAAGUCGUCCUUGUGGUCUACGCGAUCUUUGCUAUCUGUGGUGUUCUUAGCGGUUCCAUGUACUGUACCUAAACUGCAGGCUUUUCAAAACUAUAAUGUUAACUCAGGAGUUUCUGAAAAGCUUUUUGAGUUUCUUUGAUAUCACACGAUGUUUCGUUUUCGUCCUUCUGCUGCCCCCAUCCUCAUAUUGAUCAUUCAUCGUGUUCGCGGCUUCCGAAACACGCGUCGCGAUUCCCACGCCACGCGUGCGCUGGUGUCACGUCUGCGGACCCUUGCGAGUGUUUUAUGAUGAUAGGAUCGUUUCCACAUUUCUCAUUUUCAUAGUGUCCAGGUGCAAGAGUCUCAGUUUUACUUACCAUCACUGUUCUGACUUUUCAUGCAUUUUCCUCCUUUCUUAGCUUUUUGGCAAUAAAUAUGCGGUGGAAGGCGUUUAGAAAAUGAAAUAAUUUUGCAAAAUAAAGUUCAAUGUUAAGUCAUUUCAAAGGAUUAUAAUUAUUUUAAGGUUUUAACUCAUACAACCUUGUGUAUGAAGUUAUGAUUUCAUUUUAACUGACUAGAAAUAUGUGCAUAUGCUUUGCUGUUAUGUCCAAAAUAAGUAGCCUUUUUAGUUUGGUUUAUGUAACACCUCACAUACAGUAUGUCACCUCUACCACUGAAGGGUGUAAAACAAGGAAGCAGGAACUGUGGUUUUACCUGGAGUCUGUACCCAUUUUAUUACAUCACACUUUUGCUAAUAAAUUUGUUGUUGAA